GUCACACGUCACUCUCAUGCUCUGGCUCACCCUUCCUGUGUUACCGCCCUUGGGCUGAGCGAGUGAGAAAUCAACCGCAGAAGACAUCGCAUUAUUUGGAGACACCUUAGUCAGGUCCCAUUAGCAGGAAGCCUCUCCCUGGUCUGGAGCAGUGAGCCUGAGGGAACGUUGUGGCAUUGGUCUGCUGUUCAGUGUUGCUUAGCAAGCCAUAGCUAGCACCAUGGCGUUGUCAUUCAAGAAGGACCUGGAGAAGUACAAGGACCUCGACGAAGAUGAAAUCCUCAACAAGCUGUCGGCGGAGGAGCUCAAGCAGCUGGAGACGGCACUGGAAGAGAUGGACCCCGAGAAUGCUCUUCUCCCAGCGGGCUUACGUCAGAAGGACCAGACGGUUAAGCAAGACACAGGGUCAUUUAACAGGGACGGCCUUCUGAAAUACCUGGAGAAGGAAGCCAUGGAGUACAAGGACAGAGAGGACAUACUGUCCUUCACUGGGGAGAGGAAAGGUAAAGCAUUUGUUCCGAAGCUGAAACCGAUAGAAACACGCCAGGAAGAAGUCACAACCCUGGAUCCAGAAUUAGAGGAAGCCCUAUCCAGUGCCACAGAUACAGAACUGUGUGAUCUAGCAGCGAUCCUGGGUGUUCACACGCUGGUCACCAGCAGCCAGACCUACGAUGCAUCGAAAGACGGUUUCAACAAUGUGAUCAAAGGGGAGAAGAUGAACCCAGUGUUUGAUGAGCCUCCCAAUCCCACCAAUGUAGAAGACACACUGCAGCGAAUAAGGAGCAAUGACAGCUCCCUAACAGAGGUCAACCUCAACAACAUCAAGAACAUCCCAAUACCCACGCUGAAGGACUUCGCUAAAGCCAUGGAGAAGAACACAACCGUCAAGAAGUUCAGCCUGGCGGCAACCCGGAGUAACGACCCAAUUGCUGUGGUGUUCAGUGAAAUGCUACGAGAGAACAAGAUGUUGCAAAGUUUGAACUUGGAGUCCAACUUCAUCACCGGGACAGGCGUGCAGGCUUUGGUUGAUGCGUUGCGAGACAAUGACACCCUCACAGAGAUCAAGAUAGACAACCAGAGGCAGCAGCUGGGUACUACCGUGGAGAUGGAGAUUGCUAAGAUGUUGGAAGAGAACCACAGCAUAGUGAGGUUUGGCUACCACUUUACCCAGCAAGGACCUCGCUCCAGAGCUGGCGCAGCUAUCACCAAGAACAACGACCUGGUCCGCAAGAGGCGAGUGGAAGGGGACCUGUAGGGACGGAGCCCGACCUGCCUCCCAGCCAAUCCUCUCGUUUCAUCUCACCAUGUGGAAUACUUUCAGCCAAUGCCCUGGUCUCAUCUCACUGUGUGGAAACUUAAGUCUUGUGCCAAACUGUGGGGCAAGGCACCCUCAACCGGAACAUACAUCUGAGAAGAAGGGAAAUAACUGGAAUUGCCCUCCCCCAUUCACAUGUCCAUACUUAUGUUUAUUAUUGUAUUGUUAUUGAAGGUGUAAAUCUGAUUAGCCUUUAGUCAUUUUGUUUUUUUGGAGCCUUUUAUGUGAUCUGUCCAGACUUUUCACUUUUUUAUUUGCUUUUCUACUACGCUAUAAUCAUGUGGAAUAAACAUGCACAUUACCAAGUAACGCACACAUGGAUAACAGCUCUGUUGAAACAAUAACUCACAUUGAAGGAGCCCUGUAUACAGUGUAGUUUGAGGUCUAAGCUCCCAGUGGAAUACCUGUAGUGAAGAAGCAGAAUUUGACAUAAGGGACGUGAAGGCAAAGUCAGACCAGUCUGUUAGAACCACAGCUUACUGGCAGAAUGGUGACAGUCCAUCAGUCGUACGGUAACAUCAGUCACCAUGUGAUCAGACCACCAUUUAUUGGGGUUGCCUUGUAAAGCCAGCUUGACCGGUGUGUUUAACAGUCAGACGAUCAGAUGCUGGCUGACCCUCUUAUGGGAAAUUAUGUUAAUACAACUAAAACUAACAGCUUGUUUUCAUACAGUUAAAAUGCUGAUGUUGGUUCUUCUGAUCACUUUUGUCCCUUUUUAAAUUAUAACUAGGUCUGGAUAUUUCGGAUCAAGUAAAAUUGGGAUUGUACUGUAAAAGUAACAGGAUAUGAACUCUCGUCUAGACUGACGAGGCUUUGACCUGCUGAUCCGAAGGAUGUUGUAAAUGUGCUCAGCGGAACCAUGCCAAAGACUAACGCAUGCAGUGCUUACAGCAUCACUAUGUAACCAGACGGUUCAGGUGUCAGUCGUGUCCUCGCAGUAAACGCGGCAACAGCGAUCUCGAUCACAUCAUGCCACAUCUCAUUUUGUGUCGUUUCCGUUUUUUGGGGGCCAUUUACAGCCCAAUGUUCAGCAAGUAGUUCACUGAGAUGCGAGGUGGAGUCGGCGAACACUUUUUCUGUUUUGCUUCCCAGGACUACUAAUGUUUCUAUGAGCCACGUCUCCCAGAUAGAAAGGCUUCCUCCACGUCACCUCUCGCACCCUGCGUCACACUCUGUCGCAAUCCGCUGCAUCGUAGCAGUAGCAUGUCCUUCAUCAUGUAACGGAUAACAACAUGCUCUGAGCUUCCUGAGGUACACUGACCUGCUUGUGGUGGGUUUAACAGGACUAAUUCAGAAUUACUUGAAACUUGUGGAUACUGUUUUAUGUGUAAUAGGAACAAUAAGCGGGCAUGAAAUCACUCGUGAACAUCGUGUUUCUAUCGACCAAAACGUUUUCUUUCAUCCUAACGGCCUCACAUUCCUUGGACAAGAGUUGUCACGGCUUCAGUAUACGUUGGGUUUUUAUAUCUGUACUUUGUCCACGGUCAUAUCUGCUAGUAUUUCUUCUUGGACCUUUUUGUUUUCACAUUACUGUGCUUUGCCGGGGGGACAGUCAGCUAAAGUGGAAAAGUGUUGCUUUGCCUGGGCUUGAUACAAAUAUUGUGUCAUUCAUAGUAUGUAUAUUCAUUGUAAAAUGCCAUCUCAAAAUACAAAGUGAACACACAUGCACACAUUUUGAAGUUUUGACAAAACUUAAACUUAUUUUCUUUUCCUUUUUUUUUCUUUUUUUCAUGGAAUCAAAACCCGGGUUUAGACUCAACAUAAGGAAUAUGUACUAUUAUGAAACCACACGACUGGUAAAACGCACUGCUGAAUAUACGAUAUCCUCAACAAUAAAUGUUUUUACAUACUCAA